AUGGCUGCCAUUGUUUCGCAACUUUCCCCCACUGCCGUUCUCGAGAGGGGCCAGUUGCGCGAGACAGAAGGCUGUUCUGCCUCCGUAGCUGUUUUCUUCAAUGGCCUCAGACGUGAGUCCACGACAGCACUACCAUCCCGAUCAAACCGCAUCGUCCGCCGCCAUUCACGGUAUUCAGUCGCACGUGCAGCAGAGAGCAGUGAUUCCUCUGAUCAGUCAGCUGCUCCACUCGCUACAGUCACACAGUCCUCUACUCCGGACCUGUCUUCCGCCACUGCCGCUUUGAACCGCCUCAAAUCUAAUCUCGCUACAUUCACACAGUCCACCUCCACUCCAGACGUGUCCUCCGCUGUAGCCGCUGCUCAGCCUUACGCUCCAUCCGUCCUAGGCGCGGGAGCGCUCGGUGUUGCGUCUUAUUUAAUAGUCAGAAAGCUCACGUCCGGUUCUGCUAAAGCGGAAGAGGGAGCAGAGGCGAAAGCAGCUCCACCCAGCGGCAUCGUGCCACGUGCCAAGAAAGCCGCAAAAACCGCUCUAGCGGCGAUGGCGGCGACUUUCCCGCGGGCCAUGCAGGAGGAGGCUUUCAUGAAGGCCGUGAGCCAAGAGCUCAGCAAACUGGGCUUCAAAAGAGACAACUGCAUUGCGCUGGUGUCGACGUGCCGGGACGAGGUGUGCAGGCCAGUGGUGAGCCUGGUGGACCGCGAGUUUGGGCUGUCUUUCAACAUCGCUGGGCUGGGCGGCGUGCUCAACUGCGGUUCCACGGGUUUUAAGGCUGCCAUGUCGCACUCGCCAGAGUUCCGCUGCGAGACCGAUGGGACUGUCAAGGAGAGAUACAUAUUCUUUGCCUUCCCUCACGUGUCAAUCGGAGAGUCGGGAGAGGUGGGAUCGCUGCUGCGGCGUGGCCGAGGCAAGCCCUCCAGUGCUUGUGGAGCGCUGAUCGCCAUUCAGAACGACAUCAAUGCGGGCAAGGCGACGGUUGCGGAUCCGUAUGAUGAGGAAUAUGUGCUGCUUAAGAAGAAGGUCAAGUCGCUGAUUCUACGCCGGGGAGGUUCAGAGUAUUCAUUGGUGGAGGUGACUCGUGCUGCACUGGCAGCCAUCAAUGAUGACCUGGAAAAGCUAAUCUCCCUGACCGUCGACCCAGCCGCUGCUGACUACGCUGUAAUAACAGGCGUGCAGAUUCACUCAGGCGACCAGAUCCCUGGCGAGCCAUUCUGCAUCGAACGCACUUGUGAUUAUAUUGCUCCUGAUAUGAUGUAUGCGGUUGUCAGAGGACAACGGUAUGACCUGCAGCUGGAAGCCAAUAAGGAGGACUUGGCAGUCCACUCUAAAGACGAGUCCAUUGAGCAGUAUGAAGCACGGCUGGAAGCUAGAAGACAGCAGCUGCAAGCAAGUGGAGCAGCCGUUAAGAGCAAUCCCGUUUCGUCAACCGGUAGCAUGGCGGACGCGUUUGAGAUAACGCCUCGGACGGCCAUCGGAAUUACGAGUAUAAUCAGCAUUAUCGCGUUAGUAGCUCCUUUCUUCAUGAGCGCGUGGAACCCUGCUGCUUCGCCUCACAUGAAGGGCCUCACCUACCUGACGUUGCUCCUGGGAUUCUACAUGGCGUGGAACAUCGGUGCGAAUGACGUGGCAAACGCAAUGGGGACGUCAGUGGGUUCGGGAGCGCUGACGCUCCGCCAGGCCGUGCUAGCAGCGGCGAUCUUGGAGUUCGGUGGGGCUUUCCUGGUGGGAUCGCACGUGAGCCACACGAUGCAGAACGGAAUCAUCAAGGCGAAUGUGUUCGCCGGGAAGAACGCGAUGCUCUUCACAGGGAUGAUCUCCUCUCUGGCAGCCGCAGGAACGUGGCUUCAGGUCGCUUCGUACUUCGGCUGGCCGGUAUCGACGACGCACUGCAUCAUCGGAGCCAUGGUUGGAUUUGGCAUCAUCUUCGGUGGCUGGAAUGCCGUGUACUGGUCGUCGCUGGCUCGCGUGGUGUCGUCGUGGGUCGUCUCGCCUCUUCUCGGUGCCAGCAUCGCCUUCAUUGUCUACAAGUGUAUCCGAAAGUUCGUUUACAGCUCGUCCAAUCCGGGACAGUCAGCGUCCACCGCAGCGCCGAUCCUCGUCUUCGCGGGCGUCUCAGCCUUUUCCUUCUUCUCGCUCUUCACCUCCCCGGGAGUCCUCCUGCGCGCCUGCGCGCUUUCCCUGGCCGCGGGCGCUGCUUCCGCGGUGGCCAUGAAUGCGGUGAUCAAGAGGCAGAUGGGCGCGCUGCUGGGGGAGUUCUGUGAGAUUCCCAAACCGGAGGAGCCGAAGCCGGAGAAGGGCCGCGGGCCCAUGGGCACGCAGCUGCGCAUCGUUUAUGGCGUGUUUGGAUACCUGCAGGUGCUCUCUGCGUGCUUCAUGUCAUUUGCUCACGGUGCAAACGAUGAAGCGAAUCAUCCAUGUAUCCAGCAGCCUAACUUCGAGGAAGCCCUUCAGGCUCACUUUCUCCGCUUGCCGACGAGAUACGCCCUGGAUGUGAACACGGAGCGAGCAGAGGACGUGCUAACGCACAAGCGGCUCCUGGAAGAAGCUGCAAAGAUGCCGAGCCAGCCGGUGGUGCAUGUCCGAGCCGUGCGGGUAGGUUUGGAAGAAGUUCAAGAAAGUCUGAGUACACUUGGAAAAGGGAACGUUGUCACAGCGGCACUGCCAGGGGCAGCGGGGGGCGAUGGUGCUGCAGGGGGGGGCACCAUGGAGACUGACGAGGCGGCCGCUGAAUUCAAGCGCCAAGGUUCUCUCGCGCAAGUGCCCAUGCACGAAGUCACCUUCUCCACUGUGGACCGACCCAAGCUUCUCAGUCAACUGUCAGCAGUGCUGGCGGACGUGGGGUUGAACAUCUGUGAGGCGCAUGUCUUCUCCACCUCCGAUGGGCUCUCCCUCGAUGUCUUUGUCGUCGACGGCUGGCCCUCCGAGGAUGUGGUGGAGAUGCGGGCGGCACUCAUGCGGGCAGCACAGCAAUCGGGGGAGAAUGGUGCGCAGUCAACCCUUCCAGAAGCAUCUGGCCAAUCAAACCCCGCCAUGUCAGAAUCCACAGGCGUGCCCGUGUCCACGUCAGCAGCCACAGGAGCAGCAGGACACGUGGCAGCCUCCAGUCUGUCCGGGGCGGACUCGCGUGUGCGCAUCCCAUCGGACGGGCGGGAUGACUGGGAGAUUGACAACGACCAGCUGAAGCUGCAGCAUAAGAUCGCCUCGGGGUCGUUCGGAGACCUGUACCGCGGCACGUACUGUGGGCAGGACGUGGCGAUCAAGAUUCUCAAGGCGGAGCGGCUGAAUGACACGUUGCAGCAGGAGUUUGCUCAGGAGGUGUUCAUCAUGCGGAAGGUGCGGCACAAGAACGUGGUUCAAUUUAUUGGGGCCUGCACCAAGCCCCCAAACCUCUCCAUCGUCACAGAGUUCAUGGUGGGCGGCAGUGUGUACGACUAUUUGCACAAGCACCGCGGCAGUAUGAAGCUGCCCAUGGUGCUGCGCGUGGGCAUGGACGUGGCAAAGGGAAUGGACUUUCUGCACAAGAACAACAUCAUUCACCGUGACCUCAAGGCCGCUAAUUUACUCAUGGAUGAGAACGAUGUGGUGAAGGUGGCGGACUUCGGAGUGGCACGAGUGAAGGCCAACAGUGGCGUCAUGACAGCAGAGACUGGCACUUACCGCUGGAUGGCACCUGAGGUGAUUGAGCACCGGGCGUACGACCACAAGGCAGACAUCUUCAGCUUCGGUAUCACCAUGUGGGAGAUGCUCACCGGCAAGCUGCCCUACCCAGACCUCACACCCUUGCAGGCAGCAGUCAGCGUCGUUCAACGAGGCCUGCGUCCGCCCAUCCCCAAGGGCACGCACCCGCGGCUGGCAGAUCUCUUUGAGCGCUGCUGGGCCACCAACCCUGUUGACCGCCCCGAGUUCUCAGAGAUCAUCCGAGUAAUUGCCGAGAUUGCACAGGAGCUGGAGGAGGAUGGAGAGGCCGACCAACAGAGACGCGAGAAGCGCGGAGGGUUCUUUGCUUCAUUCAAGAGAGCAGGAUCGGGACCUAGGUGA